UGCUGCCUUGAACGUUUUCUCAACACACCAGCAGUCCGGCACCUCGGGUAUCACCUCUCUGCGGCCUGCUGUCCCGCCUCGAUCAGGAUUCUUCCUGACAAGAAACAGGAUCACCACUUGUCUAACUUCCUCGAAGGAAACUGCGCAGAAUUGUAGCGAUUCCAUUCUUGACACGUUCAAGAUGGUCACGAACUCUGAGCCGGCCUCAACUGGCAAUCUGCCUGCAUUCUCGAUCUCGUUAACACAGCAUCCUUACACUGACCAUCCGUUCUCGCGACGGUACAUUGUCUUGGACAACCAGAAUCCGACGUUGAAAAUCGGCCGCUCUUCCAAACUGUCCGCGAAAGGAUUUGUACCCAGUUCACAGAACGGGUGGUAUGACAGCCCGGUGAUGUCUCGACAGCACGCCGAGAUCGUCGCUGAUUUUGCCCAGAAGAGGCUCAAAUUAAGGGACCUUGGCUCGCUCCACGGAACCUAUAUCAAUGAAAACGACCAGCGACUUGAGAAAGACGAUCUCGUCGAAAUAAAAGACGGCGAUAACAUCCGGUUUGGCGUCGAUAUCAUGAGAAAAAAGACGUUCCCACCUACAAUCGUUAAAGUAGGUCUCGAGUAUAUCGAGCUCACUAAAGCGAAGCCAGAGCCGGAUACUACUCGUCCGAGGGCUUCAAGUACAUUCAAAGUACCCGACGCAUCAGACUCCGACAUGGAGUACCAAGACGAAGACUCCAACAUUGACCCGUCGAUGCAGGGCACCCAAUCGGCGGCACGUGGACUAGCUGGGCGAAGCUGGAAGGGCGAGGUGAUUGACCUAACUCACCCUGUCGGCUCUGGCAAUGUCAUCACAAACCCGCAGAAGCAAGUUAUCGAUCUGGAUCAGGAUGACGACUACGAGAUAAACUGGUGCCAGAGUGAUGAAAUGGACGACAUCCAUCAAAAUAAUGGCUCUCAAUCACAGCCGAACAUUGCAUUCACACAACCUCCGAAGAGCCCUAUCGACAGCAACGACAGCAACUGUAGCAAUUGUGGAUCGGAUGGAGAGAAUGUUUGGCCCCAGAACGUCGGUGCCCUUCAACCCACUGCAUCUCAGCAUCCCAUUGCAUCGCAGUAUCGCGCUGCAUCUUAUGAUGAUGAUUGGGACUCUGAGAUGAGCUCUGAUUAUGAGCCUGAGUAUGAGCCUGAGUCUGCUGGCUCGGAAGUGAGUGGAGGAAAUUUGGGUGGUGAUGGCGAUUCCUCUGAAAGAGGCUUCGAGUACGAUUACCCCUACUCUGAGUCCGAUUCGGAUUUUUCCGUUGGCCAGGAUUCAGAUGUAGAGUCAGAGGCGGAAAGAGUUUAUGGGAUGGAGCCUUCUAGCAACUGGGCCAUGCCAGACCUCAGCAAUGUUGUGACUGGUCCGACAUCUAAGAUUGAGGCUGAACCAAACCACGACAAGGGCCAUGGCAUCAAUCGCCUCGUUACUCCGGACAUAAGUGGCGAUGCCAUCAAUUGCAAUACCUCUCCAAUCAAUUCCGCCUCUCCUGUAGAUAUGCGGUCAGCAGCGUAUCCUGUCGAUCAUCCAUUGUUUUUAUCCUUCACUCAUCCUCGCGAUGUUCAGCUGGCUACUCCCAAGUCAAACAAAUCGGCGGGAGAUACCGAAGCAGCUUCCCCGAUCCACAAACCACUGAAUGGACCCGUGGCAGGAACGGCAGAAGCUCCCUGGUAUCCGUCUGACAAAGCAGAGUUCUUUGAGGCUCGGAAGGAGAACAAGGUAAUCGUGAUGCAAUCUUCGCCCGUCGCUAGGGAGUAUUCACGCCUCGCUAUCUCCGACAUCAUGGAUGAGAAUGCCCCAGUAGGCAAAGGAAAGAGAAAGGCAGAGGCUAUCUCGUCUAGCACCGAGGAAGAGCUUGCAUGGCACGCUAGCGAAGUACAGAAGUCCGAAGCAAGUGGCGCAAACGAAAGAGAGGAAGUCAUGGAACUCAUGGAAGUCAUGGAAGUCGAUAAGGACAAGGAGGUUGGCGAACCGAUCGAAUCUUCUACUGAGGAUAAGGAAGUCAACGAACCGAUGGAAGGUUCUACUGAGGCAGCGACAAAAAUCGCAGUGACAGUUGAGUCGCUCGAUUUGCCUGUCUCGGUCGCUACAUCGACUGUUCGCCUUAACGAUGACGACAGUGAUAGACCAGCCAAGAGGCAACGGUUGCGCAACAUUGCCGAGCGGGUCGGCUAUGUUGCCCUCGGAGGUGUAGCUACCGGUGCCAUGAUGUUCGGCGCAUUGGUUUACACUGCACCCACCUUUGUCUGAGUUUUAGUUCACGGCCCCGUUGAGGAGACCUUGAAUGGUUGAGAAGGUGGAAGGAUAUGGGUAUGGAGAUCUUGGUUUUGGU